AAUGAGAUAAGAUAAAGUCAGUGCGUCUUUCCUCACCGACAUAAGCCAGGCUUGGCCGUAAUGGGCAGGAGAGGGAUCACUGAUGCCAGACAGGAAAGCUGCAAAGCUGCUGCGCACAAGCCGAGAUGCUAAUAAACUUCUGUUCUUUUGCCAAACUGUGACGUAGGCUGACGUUUUGAAGAGGCGGCGCCGUUGCGUUUAUCAACGACAAUCACCGUAAAUUGCCCACAGGUGGAGCUGUGAUCAUUUGAAUGAUCGCGUGGCCCGGUCCAACCAGUGCGAGUCAAGCCCGUCGAGGCCCGGUGCGUUCAGUGCCACAGUGUGCGAGGCGCGUGACGACGUGAUGAGCGCGCGUGUCGGUGCUCCUCGUCAGGCUGCCUCGCGCGUUGAACAAGUGUGCGAGAGUUAGCAAAAGGACCCCUGCUGGACCCGCGGUAGAGAGCAUCCAGUCAAAGGGUAUUUUCACCGCCCCCGCGGAGCUGCCAUAUCAUCAAAGUUUGUCAGGCAGUGCUCUGCGCUAGCCCGGAGCUCCGACUGAGGAGGAAAACCACUGCCCCCAGAGCCAAGGAGACACCGGAGAGAGGCUGGAUUUAAAACCCGCCCUCUGGAGGAUCUCGUUUCCCCCAAAAAACCUCCCACUUUCCCCCCGUCUGUCUGUCUCUCUCUCUCUCUCUCUCUCUCUCUCUCUCUCCUCUACCUUUUAUUCCUCGCCUUUUGCCGUGUCCCCCGUCACAAUCAUGGAUCUCGCGGCGAGAUGUUUGUGUCUUCUUUCCUGCCUCGGCUUCAUGCUGGCGAUCGAUUUGGAAGCGAUUGACCCAGGCUACUAUGUGGAGCCCACUGCCACAUCAGAGGCGAUCGACUACAAGGAUCCCUGUAAAGCUGCUGCCUUUCUGGGAGACAUUGCUCUAGAUGAGGAGGACCUGCGAUUAUUUAAAGUGGACAGAAUAAUAGACUUGUCUCAGAAAACCGUCCAGAUUGUCAAUCACACGGAUGCAGCCGAUCAGAACAGGCAAAGCUCAAAGCGCAGGAAAAGGGCUGCCACCUCCAGACCGGAGCGCGUUUGGCCCGAAGGUGUUAUUCCCUACGUCAUCAGCGGUAAUUUUAGUGGCAGCCAGCGGGCUAUAUUCCGCCAAGCCAUGCGGCACUGGGAGAAGCACACCUGUGUGACCUUCAUUGAGAGGACGCAGGAGGAGAGCUAUAUUGUGUUCACCUACCGACCGUGCGGGUGCUGUUCGUAUGUGGGUCGCCGUGGAGGGGGCCCUCAGGCCAUAUCCAUAGGAAAGAACUGUGACAAGUUUGGCAUCGUGGUGCACGAGCUGGGACACGUGAUUGGCUUCUGGCACGAACACACUCGGCCCGACCGAGACGAUCAUGUCAGCAUCAUCAGAGACAACAUCCAACCAGGACAGGAAUAUAACUUUUUGAAAAUGGAGCCGGGGGAGGUUGACUCUUUGGGAGAAGUCUAUGACUUUGACAGCAUCAUGCACUAUGCCAGGAAUACAUUCUCCAGGGGCAUCUUUCUGGACACCAUCCUGCCACGCUAUGAUGUGAACGGAGUGCGACCACCCAUUGGCCAGAGAACCAGGCUGAGCAAAGGGGAUAUAGCACAGGCCCGCAAACUCUACAAGUGCUCUAGAUGUGGGGACAGUCUCCAGGACAGCAGUGGGAAUUUCUCCUCUCCUGGUUUCCCCAAUGGAUAUUCAGCCUACAUGCACUGCAUCUGGAGAAUAUCAGUCACGCCAGGGGAAAAGAUCAUUCUAAACUUCACAUCCAUGGAUCUGUACAGGAGCCACUUGUGUUGGUAUGAUCACGUGGAGAUCAGAGAUGGCUAUUGGAGAAAGGCUCCACUCAAAGGUCGUUUCUGCGGCGACAAGCUGCCGGAGCCCAUCAUCUCCACCGACAGUCGGCUGUGGAUCGAGUUCCGCAGCAGCAGUAACUGGGUGGGAAAAGGCUUCUCUGCGGUGUAUGAGGCAAUCUGUGGUGGAGAGGUGAAAAAGGACAGUGGCCAGAUCCAGUCCCCCAACUACCCCGAUGACUACAGGCCUAACAAAGUGUGCGUGUGGAAGAUUUCUGUAGCUCAGGGCUACCAUGUCGGCCUUACCUUUCAGUCUUUUGAGAUUGAGAGACAUGACAGUUGUGCCUAUGACUACCUGGAGGUGCGUGAUGGAAACUCUGAAAACAGCCCUCUGCUAGGCCGCUUCUGUGGCUACGACAAACCAGAUGACAUCAAAACAAGCUCCAACCAGCUGUGGAUGAAAUUCGUUUCAGAUGGUUCCGUCAACAAGGCCGGAUUUGCUGCCAACUUCUUCAAAGAGAUGGACGAGUGCUCCAAGCCGGACAACGGUCGCUGUGAGCAACGCUGUGUCAACACACUGGGCAGCUACAAGUGUGCCUGUGACCCCGGCUAUGAGCUGGCUGCCGACAAGCGCAGCUGCGAGGCGGCCUGUGGAGGCUUCAUCACCAAGCUGAAUGGGUCAAUCACAAGCCCGGGUUGGCCCCGGGAGUACCCUCCCAACAAGAACUGUAUCUGGCAGCUGGUGGCCCCCACGCAGUACCGCAUCACCCUGCUCUUUGACGUCUUCGAGACUGAGGGCAAUGAUGUGAGCACUGGGGUUAUGAAUCGACACGGGGUGUGUAAGUAUGACUAUGUGGAGGUUCGCAGUGGACUUUCAGCAGACUCGAGGCUGCAUGGUAAGUUCUGUGGGGCGGAGAAACCAGAGGCCAUUACCUCCCAGUACAACAACAUGCGCAUCGAGUUCAAAUCCGACAACACAGUGUCCAAAAAGGGCUUCAAAGCACAGUUCUUCUCAGAUAAAGAUGAGUGCUCCAAGGAGAACGGAGGCUGUCAACAUGAGUGUGUCAACACUUUUGGCAGCUAUAGCUGUCAAUGCAGGAGUGGCUUUGUGCUGCACGAGAACAAGCACGACUGCAAAGAAGCUGGCUGUGAUCACACUGUGAAUAGCGUAAGUGGCGUCAUCACCAGCCCCAACUGGCCGGACAAGUACCCGAGCAAGAAGUCGUGCACCUGGUCCCUCACCACCACCCCAGGCCACCGCAUCAAAAUCUCCUUCAAUGAGAUCGACAUGGAGGCCCACUUGGAAUGUGCCUAUGACCACAUUGAGAUUUAUGAUGGGCGUGAUGGGAAGGCGCCAAGCCUGGGUCGCUUCUGUGGCACAAAGAAGCCCCAGCCAAUCACGUCUAGCGGCAACAAGCUCUUCAUCCGCUUCUUCUCUGAUAAUUCCGUGCAGAAAAAAGGUUUCGAGGCGUCACAUAGUGCAGAGUGUGGCGGUCGUCUGAAGGCUGAAGUCAAAACCAAGGACUUGUACUCCCAUGCCCAGUUUGGUGACAACAACUACCCCGGAGCCUCUGACUGUCAGUGGGUGGUCUCAGCAGAGAAGGGCUAUGGCGUGGAGCUCAUCUUCCAGACCUUCGAGAUUGAGGAGGAGGCAGACUGCGGCUACGACUACAUGGAGCUUUUUGACGGAGCUGACACCAAGUCACCUCGGCUGGGCCGUUACUGUGGCUCAGGGCCCCCGGAGGAGAUCUACUCGGCCGGCGACUCCAUCGUGAUCAAGUUCCGCUCCGAUGACACGAUCAACAAGAAGGGCUUUCACGUCCGCUACACUAGCACCAAGUUUCAGGAUACACUGCACUCACGCAAGUGACCAGCAGGGGCCAGAAGGGGCCGCGCGGGGCACAGGGGCAAACGGAGGGGGCCCCUGGGGAGGCGCCAGCCCCACGCUCGGAAACCUUCGGCCACAAACAUGAAUCUGACGCAACAGAGCAGCCGGAAAACUACCAACCGCACCUCAGCUCCUAGGGGCUCUAGCUCCCCCCACAGACUGUGAGGAGUAAAGCCAUUCUGCAGUACACCUUGUUUUUACCUUUUUAUGAUUGGGAUCGGGGAGGGAGGGUGAACACGUUUUAGCUGGACGCUAGGGGAAAUCUGAUCGACUCAGUCCCCUCCCAGAUAGUGUUUCUUUUUAAAAGCGCGUGCCUCGUAAGAGGCUCACAGGAAGACCGUGGUUUCUCAGGACCUGUAGGAGGGCAGGCAUCAGCUGGACAGAUCCCUGCUUUUGUCGGGCCGGCCAAACGCAUCCAGGGAGACGAGGGAUGUAGGGUCUCAGUACACAAACGCUCUGCUCUCCUCACCUCUGUAGUUCAAGGAUUAGAAGAACUCGAGCUUUUGAUACUGUAUGUCAGUCAGUUGCAUGUAAUUUCAAGGAGAGGACGGCACCAGCAUAUGUGAUUGGCAUUGUCCCAGCAACAGUGGCGAGAUCCUCGCUGUUACCAUUAACACGGAUAUUACAGAAGCAGAUCUCUUACUAAAGGACUAAUUAAAUGAAAUGUGGUCCAUGUCUUCUGGUUGGUAACGGUUUCCUGAUGACUGGCAAUUUAUGUACCUCCAUGUAUAAAAUAAUGUAUAUGAUCUUUCAAAGGGAACGUGUGCUUUUUUUUUUCCAGCUCAAUCCAGUUAGCACUUUACAGUGAAUUGUUCCAAAAUCAUGAGCUUACCAAUUUUUGUGAAAUGCAAUGCCGGUUCACCUUUUUUUUUUUUUUUUUUUUUUUUUUUUUUUUUUUUGUUUUGUUUUAUUUUUUAAAUGCAUUUUAUCUUUUCUAUUUUUCUUGAAUUGCUCCAUCUAGUUCCUCAGGCAUACUUGAGCAGUGUGUGCCCUGUAACAUGGGGGUAAUAAAGAGAUGACUUUGUUUCAGUGUUUUACACAUUUACAUGUAAAAUGUUUGUCUAUAGGAAAUGGCUUUUCUUGGGUCAGUGUAAUGUUUAUUCAGAACCAAAUGAGCCGGGCUACUGUUGGAGGGCAAGGUGCUGUUGAAGCUACAGUAGCCUUAUAGUUGCCCUCUACUGCCACUACACUGGGCUAAUAUACAGAGUUGCUCACAGUCCUUCUCUCAGUUUCACAUUUAACGUUUGAUAAAUGGUGGCAUCACAGCAGCCAACAUCUGUUUGAGUCAAUUUUGUGCCAUUUGCUUGUCCUACUUUUAACAUUUUAUGUUUCAGAUUAAUUCACUGCCUAGAAACGGCCCAAUAACGAGGCCAAAUGUAAAUCUGUUCA